ACCGAAAGCAAACUGGUCCCGACCCCAUGGGCCCCCUUGUAUUCAGUUCAGCCAGUCGAUCAUGAGGCAGCCGAAUCUGCGAGAGAACGCGAAAGCUCCCGACUUCGUCACCGCUUUAUCACAGUCCGCCGGUGCUGAUCAUUAGUUCGUCACACAUCGAUCGGCGCGGACGCUCCGUGGAGCAAAGAUCAGCGGUCUAGAGGGAUCUACGGCGUUACUUUUAACCCCAUUCGAGAUCGGCGGUCCGGUUCGAGUUCUGUAAUCGGUCAAUACAAUAACGGUUAUUAAAAGUUUCCUAUCGCUAACUUUCCGCGAAAGAUUUCCGCGAUUUGCGGCACGUGGAAAGCCGACAGCUGACUCCACUUGUUUGGCCAGCAGGUGAAAUACCUUGGCUACCCCUCGGGUGAAUCAUCCAGACAAACAUCCUAAAUCCGUUUCGUUUUCCACGAUCAACCGGUUGCAGGCGAUUAAAUCGAAAUUACUAAAGUUAAAUUCUCGGAAUAUUAUGAGUAAAUGGUAUUGAUUUUAUAGUGCAAACAGUCGCCAAAAAUCAUAAACACGGUUCAAGCCCCCAAAUAAAUGGAGCAAAAAAGUGCAGUUACCACAAGAGCGAUGUGUUUUUAUUUAAACAAAUAAAAUGAUUUAAAUUUAAGGACAAACUGAAGAACAUAAUGUCAAACACCAGUGAAAACAACAAGCUACCAACAACCCGGAGCUGAUAGUGAUUCCAUAGUGUUCAAGGAAGAGAACCCGAAUAUCCCGAGUUUAAUGGCCAUUUUGCAGAAAGGCCACCUUAGCCACAGCCAAAUCCCAAUCCACAUCCAGACGAUUUGGUGCCAACAGAGGCCACUUGAUGCCAUGCACCAGGAUGUCCGGCAAAAAAGCAUCGGAUCCGGAAACGAGGCCCAACUGGAAGCGAAGGAGAAUAAAAUGAAUCCAAGUGCCGGAGCCGAGAAGGAGAGCUCUUCCAGCAGGAGAAGAAGCAGAAGGCGGUGCAGCAGCAGUUCCACCAGUGACACCAGUGAAUCCUCAGAGUCCUCGGAUUCCGGGUCCUCCUCCAGCAGCAGUAGUAAUAGCCACAGAAGCCAAACACCCGCCCUCAAUUUGCCAGUGCCGGUCCCUCUGGACACGGACAAUCCCUCACCACAGCCGCCUCCAUCAUCUCGAAGGAACUCCAACGAUUCCAAUCGCUCCGUCUCGCCGGUGGAAGUGCCCGUGGAUCCGCAUGCCUGGUCCUCCGAGGACAUUGCCAGCUGGGUGAAGUGGGCAACGCGGAAAUUCCAACUGGAUCCGAAGCCGGAUGUCGACCGUUUCCCCAAGGACGCCCAGGAGCUGUGCGAGCUGACCCGCGCCGACUUCUGGGUCUGUGCGGGAUCCAGGCGUGGCGGCAUGCUCAUGGCCCAACAUUUCGCGCUGAGCUUAUACCACGCUACCGGAAGGGAGACCAGUCCCAUGCUCAACGACAACGAACCAAAUCCGUAUCAGCUGCUGAACGCUGCCUCGCACCGAUUGGUCGCCCAGGGCUCAGGGGGCCAGAUACAGCUGUGGCAGUUUCUGCUGGAGCUGCUCGCCGAUUCGUCCAACGCCGCCGCCAUCAGUUGGGAGGGCCAAUCGGGCGAGUUCCGGCUCAUCGACCCCGACGAGGUGGCUAGGCGGUGGGGCGAGAGGAAGGCCAAGCCCAACAUGAACUACGACAAGCUGAGCCGGGCUCUCAGGUACUACUACGACAAGAACAUCAUGACCAAGGUGCACGGCAAGCGGUACGCCUACAAGUUCGACUUUCAUGGGCUGAUGGCCGCAUGCCAGGCCCAGGCGCAGGGAGGAGAUCCGGCGUCCAGUAUGCUAGGUUCCUACAACCACCACGGGGGUGGGGCGAUGCAGUUGGCCCGCCACCCACCGCCGCUGCACCACCACCCCCACCAGCACUCUCAUCCGCACCACCAGCUGGCACAGCCGCACUUCCUGCACCCCCACCAUUCAUCGCCCGCCUCCACCAGCUCCAGCUUGGGAUUCCCCUCCUCCUCGACGGCCUCCUCACAAGCCUCGCCCGGUCAGGUGUCAGGUGCCUCCGCUUCCGCCUCCACUUCGAAUUUCACAGCUCCAUUCCAAGGCGGGACAGCAGCCGGGGACCCGGUCAGGACGUCCUCAUCCUCAGCGGGAAACUACGACCAGGGCACGGGCACUCCCACCACAAAUGCAUUUAAUUGAGGCCGCAGCAACCCCAAUUUGUCGCCGGGGUUGUGGAGGAUGGAGGUUGGAGGAUGCGCAGGGACCACCCAUUGCGCAGAGAGAGAGCGGAGAGCCAAGCCAGCAUCCCAGGAAUCCCAACCAUCCCACCACCCUUCGAGGGUCAGACCUCUGGCCGUAAAAAGGUCAUUUCGCAUAAUU